AAACAGCUUACGGCGCACAGUGAUGACGUCGCAAUGUUAGCUUGACGACAACAAACAUGGAGGAAUAUGCCCGUGAGCCCUGUCCCUGGAGGAUAGUGGAUGACUGUGGAGGUGCUUUCACCAUGGGUGCGCUUGGAGGAGGGGUGUUCCAAGCAGUCAAAGGCUUUCGAAAUGCCCCUGCUGGCGUUGGACACAGACUGAAAGGUAGUGCAAAUGCAGUGAGGGUAAGAGCUCCACAGAUUGGAGGUAGCUUUGCUGUAUGGGGUGGGCUCUUCUCGACGAUUGACUGCGGUUUAGUUCGCCUGAGAGGCAAAGAGGAUCCGUGGAACUCCAUAUCGAGUGGCGCACUGACUGGGGCCAUCCUAGCAGCACGCAGUGGACCAUUAGCCAUGAUGGGCUCUGCCAUGAUGGGGGGAAUUUUACUUGCUCUCAUUGAGGGUUUUGGUAUUCUUCUAACCAGAUACACAGCACAGCAGUUUCAGAACCCUGUUCCCUUUGCAGACGACCCCAGUCAGUUGCCACCAAAGGAUGGAGCAGGGCAGAAGGGGCAGUUUCAGUAGAGAGCAUUAAGAACUGAAGCCAGCUGUGGACACAGUGAGUUUAAUCAAUGUGUGAUAGGAGCGCCAAGACGUUAGCGACAUGAUGAUCAGUAGCUGGACAUACUGCUCCGUACAGCGGUGUCAGGUAGUUGCACUUUUUUGCUUGCACCUCAGGGGCAAAUUACUGUGAGUAUUAGUUAUUUAUGAAUAAAUGUUUCUACCCUCAACAAAAAUAAAAACGCAACACUUUUGUUUUUGCUCCCAUUUUUUUUAGAUGAACUCAAAGAUCUAAAACUUUUUCCACAUACACAAUAUCACCAUUUCUCUCAAAUAUUGUUCACAAAUCUGUCUAAAUCUGUGAUAGUGAGCACUUCUCCUUUGCGGAGAUAAUCCAUCCCACCUCACAGGUGUGCCAUAUCAAGAUGCUGAUUAGACACCAUGAUUAGUGCACAGGUGUGCCUUAGACUGCCCACAAUAAAAGGCCACUCUGAAAGGUGCAGUUUUAUCACACAGCACAAUGCCACAGAUGUGGCAAGAUUUGAGGGAGCGUGCAAUCGGCAUGCGGACAGCAGGAAUGUCAACCAGAGCUGCUGCUCAUGUAUUGAAUGUUCAUUUCUCUACCAUAAGCCGUCUCCAAAUGAGUUUCAGAGAAUUUGGUAGUACAUCCAACCAGCCUCACAACCGCAGACCACGUGUAACCACACCAGCCCAGGACCUCCACAUCCAGCAUGUUCACCUCCAAGAUGGUCUGAGACCAGCCACUCAGACAGCUGCUGAAACAAUCAGUUUGCAUAACCAAAGAAUUUCUGCACAAACUGUCAGAAACCGUCUCAGGGAAGCUCAUCUGCAUGCUCGUCGUCCUCAUCGGGGUCUCCACCUGACUCCAGUUCGUCGUCGUAACCGACUUGAGUGGGCAAAUGCUUCCAUUCGAUGGCGUCUGGCACGUUGGAGAGGUGUUCUCUUCAUGGAUGAAUCCCGGUUUACACUGGUCAGGGCAGAUGGCAGACAGCGUGUGUGGCAUCGUGUGGGUGAGCGGUUUUCUGAUGUCAAUAUUGUGGAUGGAGUGGCCCAUGGUGGCGGUGGGGUUAUGGUAUGGGCAGGCGUCUGUUCUGGACGAAGAACACAGGUGCAUUUUAUUGAUGGCAUUUUGAAUGCACAGAGAUACCGUGACCAGAUCCUGAGGCUCAUUGUUGUGCCAUACAUCCAAGAACAUCACCUCAUGUUGCAGCAGGAUAAUGCAUGGCCCCAUGUUGCAAGGAUCUGUACACAAUUCUUGGAAGCUGAAAACAUCCCAGUUCUUGCAUGGCCAGCAUACUCACAGGACAUGUUACCCAUGGAGCAUGUUUGGGAUGCUCUGGAUCGACGUAUACGACAGGGUGUACCAGUUCCCGCCAAUAUCCAGCAACUUCGCACAGCCAAUGAAGAGGAGUGGACCCCUGCACCCCCAAUAAAACAAAACUGCACAUUUCUGAAUGGCAUUUUAAUGUGGGCAGUCUAAGGCACACCUGUGCACUAAUCAUGGUGUCUAAUCAGCAUCUUGAUAUGGCACACCUGUGAGGUGGGAUGGAUUAUCUCAGCAAAGGAGAAGUGCUCACUAUCACAGAUUUAGACAGAUUUGUGAACAAUAUUUGAGAGAAAUGGUGAUAUUGUGUAUGUGGAAAAAGUUUUAGAUCUUUGCAUUCAUCUCAUAAAAAAUGGGAGCAAAAACAAAAGUGUUGCAUUUAUAUUUUUGUUGAGUUUAUGUGAACACUGGUCCUUCUUACACACCUUUUAUUCGUACCAUCAGAAUCUCAUGCAGCUAUUGCUGAAUAAUGAAUAUUGCAUCAUUAGUGGGACCUUUUGGGGUGAAGUAUGCAGUUUUCAAUGUUUAAAAUCUAUUUGAUUAUUCAGAUUCUAGGCAACAUCUAUGAAUGAAAAAACCCAUAUUUUGCUUUUCCAUUGUUCUUUUGUGUUAUAUAGCUUCAUUUUUGUGCAGGUAAAAAGUCUACAAGCUUAUAAAGCUACACCGAAGGGAAUUUCCCACUAUCCCACAGAAGACACUGCAUAUAGCCAACCAGAAACAGCCCGUUUUAAGUCCAAGCUUUUCUUCCACUACUUGACUACAUCACCAUGUGACACACUCUGCUAGUAUUUCCUCUCUGGAGUCAUUCAUGUUAAGGCUACAUCUCUCUGUCUGAAAGAGAAAGAAGCCAAAACAGAGGAUUUCAGACAGACAGUGAAAAGAAGUCCUUUAGCAAUUAAAAAAAGAACAAAAAAAAUUGUACACUAAUCUGACCCCAGAAACAACAACAGAAACCUGUAAUUGUGCAGAAUAUGAACUCUUUCAAGGAAUAGUCUGACAAUUUGGGAAACAUACGUAUUUAUUUUCUCGCAAAGAGUUAGAGGAGAACAUUAGUUCAUAUAUAAUCAGUAACAUCCUCAUGUUUUUAUGCUUAUGUACACAUAUAUGUAUAUCUAGCAGAAUCCAGCAGCUGCUUUCUUUUCUUUCCACAAAGACUCAUUAAUUAGCUGUAAAUUUGUUGAAUCUGUACACAAACUAAAGUGUAAAACAUCAAAUCUGCAGUUUUAUGUGCCAGACUUGCUGGAUCCUCUCAUCUAACUCUCUGCAAAACGUCCGACCAUUGCUUCCAAAGAUUUUGCACUUGAACACAGAUGUUGUAAACAGUGAAGUCAGCCUGAAUGACUGCAUGGUACAGGAAGAGAAAUAGGACAUGUUUGUCCAGUGAGGGUUUACCAGAUAGAGUGGUGGUCUGAGAAUAUGUUUUAGGUGUAUUUAAAUGUAAGCUGUGACAAUCAAUGAAAAGAUCUGUGUGUGUUUGAGAUGACUCAGCAAAACCCCAUUCCGUUCUUUGUUUGCAAUUUAUCUUAAUAAGUUAUUGCCUCAUUUGGCAGCUUUAGUAAUUGUCUUAUUUGAAUAUAGUCUUAUACAUUUUACACAGACUUUCUAGAUAUUGUGGCGUUAAUUACUUAGCUCUGUUACAAUUUGCACCCAUUGUCACUUUGAUGCUACAGUAUUCAAUAGCAACCAAGCACUUUUGAAGCUCUUUAUUUUAUUGAAAUGGUAGCACCUGCCACUGCGAGGAAAUGCUGCAACAUGAUCCAGUGGUUUGCUGUCAAACUGUAUAGAAAGAAUGUUUAUUUUAUCUUAAUAUAUUUAUUGUGGGAAAAAAUAAAGAUAUUAAAUGUUCUUUAAGAAUUUA